AUGACGAUGGUUUAUCCACCAGUGGAUGAAAUCGUCGGUUAUUAUCUGAAGAUGAUGAUCGAUAACAGAAACAAUUGGCCAAGCAGCUUUCUCCGUAGCGAAGACGUGUACUGCGUGAAUCCAUCGACGCAUUUCAACACUCGAGAGCCUUUGAUCCUACACGACGGAAGAUACUUGUUCGUUAACCGGACAGAGAAUUCUGGUAAAACCGAUGGAUGUGAAUCCGGUUGCUGGAGAGUGAUGGGUCGUGAUAAACUGAUCAAGUCGGAGAAGAACAAGGAGAUUCUAGGGUUCAAGAAGGUUUUCAAGUUCUGUGAAAAGGAAGAACCGAAAUCGGUUUUCAAGUUCUGGGAAAAGGAGAAGAGGCGAGUAAGAGAUAAGAGGGUUUGGGUGAUGGAAGAGUAUAGGCUUGCGAGUAAGUGGAAACAAGAUUACGUGAUCUGCAAGAUUCGUCUCUUGAAUCCAAAUCCACUAGAGUUCAUGUUAUCCAUCCAUAUUCGAGGUUACUACUAUAUAUGA